GCGUCAUCAACAUUGCAAAAUGGCGUCAUGCAGUGGCGGAGGUGAAGAUCGCAGAAAGAACGUAACUUAUGUGAUUAUCAACAAUAUUCCGAAGACAUAUCAUGCUGCAGAUUUAAGAAACUUCUUCUCGGAGUUCAUUGAGACAUGCGGGUUUGAUUGCUGCCACUUCCGGCACCGACCAGAAGUGCAAAAAGUAUCAACAGCACCCGAGAGCACUGGCUGUGACAAUGCUGCGACAAGAAAAGUAACGACCUGCUGCAUCGCCCGCGUACUGGACGACCGUGUUGAUGCCUUUCUACGCACGUACGACAAGAAACACUGGGUUGGACGCGACGGCCAAACGCUACCCACGAAAUGUUUCAUAAAACGGGCUCGAGUGAAACCAGACGGCCUUGCUAAAACGCAAUACAGGACACGCAAAGAAAUCAAAGCGAGCAAUAAAGAUCACGGUGCCUUCACGGAGUCGGACCUUAAAAACCUAAUCGAGAUGCAUCCACCGCAAGCGAUGCCAAAUGGCAACGUAGGCACACCGACAAAAGUGUUCCUGGAUAUGAUUCGGGCCUGUAAGCUUCCACCGUAUAUCAUCAAAAAGUUGGGGCUCGAGUUCCCACGUAUGAGAGCAAAGGGGAUGUACGGGAGUGUAGCGUUUGAUUAUGGGAAUAAACCGAAUAAAGUGAAAGUGUCGCACGACGCAGAAAUGGUUAGGACAGCGCGUGGUGACAUAAUAUCGGAUGCGGUGACACCUCAUACUAACACUGGUAAAGAAAGAUUGCAACCGGAUUCCGAUGAUGAAGUGGGGAAGGAGCAGGAUGAGGAGGAAAGUGAUGAUGAGGAAUGUGAAGAGUGGGACAGGCAUGCAUCAUUGCAUAAUGAUGUCACAUCCCAAGAACGGACAAGACAACGACUGUUUGAGGAAGAGAUGGAAGUUGUUUGGGAGAAAGGGGGUUCAGGUCUCGUAUUUUAUACAGAUGCGCAGCAUUGGGAUGAAGUCGAAGGAGACUUUGAUGCAAAAACAUCCGACGACUGGGAUGUCGACAUGAGUGUCUACUAUAACCCAGGUGCUGGAGAUAAGGAUGCCAGAGACUUCGUGUCGAUGCGGCACUUUGACAGAUUGCGUGAUGGAACAGAAACGGAUGACGACAAUAGACUAGCAUCCUUCGAGAAGCACACAAAGGGGUUUGGGAGUCGCAUUAUGAAGGAGCAAGGCUGGAGUCAAGGCAAAGGCCUCGGAAAGUCGUUUGAAGGCAUGUCCGUUCCAAUUGACGACGCGGGACAGCAUCCUUGGGAUCGAUCGGGAUUCGGAUUCCGAGGAGAAAAGCUGGUGCGGCACUUUCGGAAGAAGCGGAGGCGUGGACCCUGGAGCAGAAACGGCCACGAUCCAGAUGUCCUCAUCACAACCAUUUAUGAUGACCACACAGUCACAGAUCCAGUGGAGCCUUUGCUGCGAUCACACGAGCCCACUUACAUAAGGUUCAAGAAGCCUUUUGUCAAGGAACAACAGCCGUAAUAAUGACAAGUGCUAUGACCUUGACAUGAACACAGAGCGAAUGGGAAUCACCCGCGGUGGACAAGUUCGUUCUUUCCUGACAUGAAGAAUUCCUGCAUCAAAGGAAAUGGAACAUCGGAGCACCCAAUCGAAAAUCCGGCCUGGAGCUCCUAUUCCCAGAUGUGUGCAAAGUAAAUGCUAGCACGAAGUGUUGUGCUUCGUUACUCAUGUUGCACCGUGGGAGGUGGCGUUUGGCAAAAUACGGACAAAUUCAUCAACUUCAGUGCCUAAUAUUAUUUAAUAAAAAAAAAUAUCGAAGAUGC